AUGCUCGAUAAUCUCCCCCCAGACUCAUCUCCUGGAUCAGAGGACUACAACGAGAGCACCAUCCCCCAAAUCGAAGAAGCGGCCAUCCAGUUUGGUUUCUUCCUCAAGAGACAUUCAAUCACACCGUACAACGACGCUACCAUCGACUACCUUGACAUUCUUAUUGUAAUAUACAUUUCUCUGGCAAAGGGCAUCCGUUUCCGCGUCAGGGACGACCUUGAGGUUCGACAAAAGUUUUCUCAGAAUAAGAAACUCCCCCAACUCUUCUUCCUCAGCGUUUGA